AUGAUCCAAGCGGUUGAUCCUAAGAUUGCAAAAAUACUCUCACGGUUUAGCGCUAAGGUUGAAGCUGCAGACUACUAUGAGGCACAUCAAACAUUGCGUACAGUGGCAAAUCGGUACGUAAGGGCUAAAAACUGGCAAGCUGCUGUUGAAUUGAUUACCCAUGGAAUUCACUCCUUUAUAAAGGCUGGUCAAAGCUCUGAAGCUAGUGACCUAACCCGCUAUCUUUUGGAAAUAUAUGACUUGGGUAAAUUUCCUUGUGAUGAACAGAAUACUGGGCGCUUAGCUGAAAUCAUUAAUUCGUUGGAUCCUAAGGACCCUACUAUCAAGGAUCUUGUCACUGGUAUGAAUAACUGGUCGGUGCUUAAUAGUAGAAACAAGUUUGGGGAUCCCUAUCUACACUCUGUGAUUGGUGGGCGCCUAUUAGAAGCGGGCAAUGUCUAUGAGGCAGAGCGGUACUUAAUAAUGGGUACAUCUGAGUCCGCUAAAAGGUAUGGGGACUUUAUUUGGGAGUGGUACGAACAGAAUCAAGACGACUUUAGCGUUGAAGUAUUCUUUUCGCGUCUUGUUUUUAACUUUUUGGGUAUUUAUAACAUUCGUUCUGCUUUACAAACGACCCGGUCUUUCCUAGACAAGUUUAUUGCAACUAAAUCACCACAGUACGAGCUUCUAGAGAAGAAUUUUGCUUCGGUUUACUACUUUCCGGAGUAUUCAGAGCUAAACUUUUUACAGUUACUUAUCGUGACUUGCCAAACAAAAAACCCUGAUUACUAUAACUCACUCCGAAAGCAAUACGAGUGUUACGCUGUCAAUUAUGAGGAAGAGCUUGCUUUUAUAUCCAGAGGAUACUUCAAUAUCAGGGCUAAUGGCCAAGUUAAUCUUCUUCAUGACAUGAUGGCAGGAUUCUUUAACAACCUAUAA